UUAUUUGAAGACAACAAAGCUGGCAGCAAUGAGACUUUUCCGGUCAAUUCCUCUAGAAAGUGCUGUAGCUCAGAGAGGACCUCCUCACAGAAGAGCUUCAAUGUAUCUGACAACAGCCAAUGGUUGCCAGUUACCCGGUUUGAUUAUUCUAUAUCUAGUUCUGAGACUACCAGCACAUCUAUGUCUGAUACUUGUUCACUAAAGAUAAGAGUCAGUUCUUCUACGUCUGGCUCGCGAGGUGGGACUUCAAGGGGUUCAAAUAGUGGAACAUUUGUAACUGAUAAUGGUUCCAGCAAGCAAUUUGGUCCUGGUAAGAGACCGAGCUUUCUGGAAGAUGCCAAGAUUGAACUCUUAGAGAACAGCCAGGAUCCUUUUGCUUUUGAUGAAGAUGAGUUUGAGCCCUCUAAGUGGGACUUAUUAUCUGGGAAGCAAAAACCAUCUCGAAGUCGAAAAAUUGGGGUAACAUAUAGAGAACUGGAAGAUGGGUGUCAAUCUCAGUUUUUAAUGAGCCAACAAGAAUCAAGUAAUGAUGGAAAGAAUCAUGGCCAUGAACUCUCCCGUCCAAAUGCUGUUGAUGAAGAGGGUUCCAGGCUUCUAGCUGACUGUCUUCUUACUGCUGUUAAGGUUCUGAUGAACUUAACGAAUGACAAUCCUGUUGGCUGUCAGCAAAUUGCUGGCUGUGGAGGGCUGGAGACCAUGUCUUCUUUGAUUGCUGCCCACUUUCCUUCAUUCAGUUCAUCCUCAUCUCCCUCUAGUGAGAUAAAAGAGAAAAGUUCAAGCAUUGAUCUUGACCACCAGAAUGAUAGACAUCUGAGUGAUCAAGAGUUAGAUUUUCUUGUUGCUAUUUUGGGCCUGCUUGUGAACUUGGUAGAGAAAGAUGGACGUAACAGAUCACGGCUUGCAGCUGCUACUGUUCCUUUGCCUGGCUUGGAAGGGUUUGAAGAAGAGAGUCAGAGGGAUGUAAUCCCGCUUAUGUGCUCUAUCUUUUUGGCCAACAGAGGAGCAGGCGAGGGAGCUGGGGAAGGAGAAGAUAUGCCACUGAAUGACGAGGCAGCUCUGUUACAAGGAGAGAAAGAAGCUGAGAAGAUGAUUGUAGAAGCUUAUUCAGCCCUUCUUCUAGCAUUCCUUUCAACUGAAAGCAAGAGUGUACGCGAUGCUAUUGCCGACUGUCUCCCAAAUCACAACCUGUCAAUUCUUGUACCCGUGUUGGAGAGAUUCGUGGCAUUUCAUUUGACGCUGAACAUGAUUUCUCCGGAAACUCAUACAGCUGUGAGUGAAGUAAUUGAAUCAUGUAGGGUGCCAUGAUGGCUCAAGAGAGAGAGAGAGAGUGUACAGCCUCAACGUUUCUUUCCUGCAUGCAGCAGUGUUAUCACGACUACCAAUUGUCACAACAAGAUUCCUUGCGGAUGCAUACUACAUCAAACUGACCACAGGCCUGUGAUAUAGUCUGAUUGAUCCUUCUGUUUGUCUUUUUUCUUUCUUGUUAGGCUCCUUUCCUUUUUUUGUUUCUUUACUAGAUUGUAUUCUUUUUUAGCUCUUUUUGCACCAUUUGUGCAGGUUGAGCCGCUUGUAUACGAAAAAUUGAUAGUAGAAUGAAAGAUUCAGUUUGUACCUCAUUCA